AUGGUUAAAAGUAGAGAUUCUGAUUCCGAUGAUGAUUUGGAUGAGGAGUUAUUUCAAUUAACUGAAAAGAAAUCAAAUAAAAGAAUUAAAUCAAAUGAAUCAAGUGAUGAAGAUUUUGAAGAAAAUAAAAAUAAAAAAAAGAAAACAUCAGGACCAGGUAGAAAGAAAGGUUCAACAUCAAUGCAACAAUCAACUAUAAACUAUGGUAGUAGUCGUAGGAAUAGAGGUGCAUCAAUUGAGAAUGAUGAUGAUUUUAAUGAUGGUUAUGAUGAAGAUUUAUAUAAAGAUGAUAAUGAUAGAUAUGAACUUUCAUUAUUACCAGAAAUUGAUAGAGAAAAUAUAUUAUCAGAAAGAUAUGAAAAGAGAAAAGAAGCAAGAGAACUUUGGUUACAACAAAAAUCAAUUAGAGAUAGAGAAAAGAAAUCUGGUUCACAAGUUGACAAUAAAUUAAAAUCACAAUCAUCAACUAGAGGACGUAGUGAAAAAGAGGAUAGACAAAGAGAAGCAUUAAAAGAUUUACAAAAGAAAAGAGAGAAAUCUAAAAAAGAUAAAGAAGAGGAGGAGGAUAGCGGCGGUGGUGGUGGUGGCGGUACUACAGGUAGUGCAUCAAGUAGUAAUAAUAACACACCAACUUCAUUAUCAGCCAAUUCAACACCAAAAACUUCAUCAUCAAGAAUUGAACAAGAUAAUCGUGAUAGAGGUAGAGAAAAAGAGAGAGAACGUGAGCGUGAACGUGAACGUGAAAGAAAUAUAGAGAAAGAGAUUCAAAGAUCAGUUGAUACAUUAAAUAUCAACUUAAUGAAUCAAUGUAGAUUAUCAAGAAAUAUGUUGGUUAAAUGGGUUGAUCAACCUUAUUUUGAAAGGUAUGCACCAAACUUUUUCGUACGUGUUGUUAUUGGUUCACAUUUAAAUAAUCCAAUCUAUAGAAUUGCAGAGAUUGUUGAAAUUCGUACAGGUCAUAAACAAUAUAAAGUAGAGAAUAAAGAAACUGAUAAACUUUUGGUACUAUCCUAUGCUGGCUCAACUAAAGAGUUUGGUAUUGAGAAUGUUUCAAAUAAUGCAAUCACACCAGCCGAACACGAGAAAUGGAUCUCUGAUAUGGUACGUGCUAAACAAGUUUUACCAACACCUGAAGAGAUUGAUAUGAAGAUUGGUGAUAUUAAGAAAGCUCAAGAUUAUACCUACACCAAUGAAGAUAUUGAAAAGAGAGCAUCUGACAGAAGUAAAUAUCUAAAGACUCCUGUCAAUAUUGCCAUUGAAAAGGCGAAAUCAAUUGCACUUCGUGAAACAUUGGAUCCACAAUCACAAGAAUAUAGAACCAUUUGUGAGAAAAUUGAAGAGUUGACAAAGUUGGCAAUAAGCAUUAAAGAAGAGAAUGUUUCAAAGGUUGAUCAAUUAAUUCAAACCAUUAAUAAAAAGAAUAAAUCAUUAAACUUUAAAUAUCAAUCAACUACUCAAACUUCAACUGAACAAGUUUCAAAUGAAUUUGAUCCAUUUGCAAGAAGAAAAACUAGAAAUUGUGCUGUAGUUGCUGCUGAUACUUCAAGUAUAGUCAUUUCACCAACCAAUUCUACAACUCCAACUACUACCAGUCCAAUUAAUGCUACUUUAUCACCAUCUGCUCAAUUUUUAGAGAAAUCAAAAAAUUCAACUACCACCACUUCCACUAAUGAUUCUAAUAAUACUCGUUCACUUUAUGACGUUCAUAGAUCAAUCGAUUUAAAUAUUCAUAUUCCUGAUCAUCCAAAUAAAAUUUUAUCAAUGCAACCAAAAAGGAAAAGACAAAUCAUUCCUGCAAAUAUUGUUAAAAAUGAUCAUUCAAUGUUUAAAAAUAUUUUAUCAUUAAAUGAAUAUUUAAUUAAAAGAGAUUCAAUGGUUCAAUAA